UCAGCUGAACAUCCUCUUCGCGCAAAAGGAGGGAUCUUUUAUUCAUCUGAGCUCCUCUUUUCUGUCUCCGCCGCCGCCGCCGCGGUGUCACAACAAACAGCACGGAGGGAGCAGAAGCCAUAAGAUGAAGAAACGUUAUGUGGACGCGAACAGGCUACGGAAAAUGAAAAAACUGAAAAUUACGGAGAAGCUGUCUGAAAGUGCAUACACGUUCCUGAAGUUUAUGAUGAUGUGGACGCUGGUGCUGCUGGCAGAUUUCAUCCUUGAAUUCAGACUGGAGUAUUUGUGGCCAUGCUGGCUCUUCUUUGGGAGUGUAUACACCACGUUCCACUGCCACGGGCUGGUUAUUUGUGUUGUUUUUGUUUGUGCUGCCUUUACUCUGGACAUCUUUUGUUUAAUUUUUGUUCCUUUGCACUGGUUGUUCUUUGUGGCAAGCACCUAUGUGUUAUUCAAUUACAUAUGGCACACAGAGAAAGGCAUCUGUAUAUCAACAGUGUCCCUGUGGAUCCUGCUUGUGUACACAGAGGCUUCACUUCGACUCAAAGACCUUAAAACCUCUCAUGCCAACCUGUCUCAUCUUUUUGCUGCACAUUGCAUUGGAUAUCCUGUAGUGUAUCUGGGGUUUGACGCCACCUGCUACUUCACCAACAUCUUCAAGCUGCGCAUACAGAAAGCCGUGCAGAAUGAGAAUGACUUCCACAUGCACCUCCUGCAGCACUCGCUUCCUCCAGGCCUGCAGGUUUACCCCAAGACUGGCACAGAUGGCAGCAGCAGCUCAAAAUGGAAGAUAAAGCCUGAGUCGACUCAGUACCAGUGUCAGAACAGCGCCGUGGUGGCCCAUGAUGAGGUGCACACUGUGGACUGCCUCCAGAUCCGCAGCGAGGAGAGAGCGACGGAGAAGGGAACUCUGGAGGUGCGGGCAGCCGAACCAAACCGACGGCUGCUAUCAUCCAAACCUAACGAGUCCAGAGAUGUGCUCCACUGUGGGGCGGGAGGACCAGAAUCCUCCAUGACCCCGGAAAAUCUACCUCAAGAUGAGCAAGGAAGCAAAGCCACUCGGGCGGCUAAAAGCUCCUCGCCAAAAGCCCGCAGAGGCAGCACAAACACUCCGUCACCACCUGCGGGGAGGACUGAGAAGAAGCAAAGAUCCAGCUCGAAAACAGUCAGCCCCAACCGGGACGUGACAGAGAAGAGCGCCACAGCAGCUCAGCAGAAUCAUCACGCUGAACAGAUGACCAAGUUGGAGCAGGAGCUGAGGAGGCUGAAGGGCGAGCUGCAGGCGAGCAGGCAGAGUGAGCAGGAGCUGCGAAGCCACAUCUGCAACCUGACCAACAGCGAGCGGAGCCUGAGACCAGAGGUGUCCCUGCUCCGACAGUCCAACAUGCUGCUCCAGAGCAAGAUUCUGUGUUUGACUAAAACCAAGCAGAGGGACAAACAGAGCAGUGCGAUGCUGGAGAAGAAGACCAGAGCGGAGACGGAGGCCAGACUCUCUGCUGAGAAACAGUUGGCUGAGCUUCAAGCUCAGAAACUGGAGGAAGCAGCCAGCACAGCGCGGAGUCUAACAAACAGGCAGGAACACUGUGAAACCCAAAUGUUAAGGAAAAGAGUUAAAGAUCUAGAGACAGAGUACAAACAACUGCAGCUGGAGUGUCAAGUGAAAGAGAGUCGUGUGGUAGAUCUAGAGAGUGAUGUUGAGGCUUUGGGAAAGUACCGCUGUGUGGAGAAAGAGACGGACAUGCUGCUGUCCACUCUGUCGGCCAUGCAGGAGAAAGCUCAACAUCUGGAGUACAACCUGAGCGCAGAGACUCGCAUCAAACUGGACCUGUUCUCCGCUCUGGGAGACGCACGCCGACAGCUGGAGAUCGCUCAAGAUAAAGUGAUGAGGCAGGACCGGGAGAUAAAGGAGAUGAAGCAGAAGAUAGCGGAGGUGAUGGCCGUCAGCCCCGGCAUGUCCUACAUGGCUCCCCGGCCUCCGGUGCCGCAGUAUCUCACCAAGUUACUCAACUCUGAGCGUUACAUGCUGAAUCCACGAGCGCUGAUGUACCAGUGUCUGAAGAAAUGAAGGAUGUCAUCGCCUUUUUCUGACCCUCAGACCCCUCCAUCAUAAAACAUGAGGGGCAGGGGCUAAUGGAUUUUAUUACAGAGCUAAAUGACACCAUGAAGUCUUCUCCUUCCAGCCGUGAGUGGAACCAGAAAGAACCUCCACGAGAUGAAUGCCUUUUGCUGCACUGAUGGUGCUAACGUCACGUGAUCAUAUACAUAUUUCCUGUCCCACAGCGAGGUUUCACUCUGAAAUACAGGUGCAUCUCAAUGAAUUAGAAUAUCAUAGAAAAGUUUAUUUAUGUCAGUAAUUAAAUUCAAAAAGUGGAAAUAACACAUUAUAUAGAUCAAUUACACACAGAAUGAAACAUUUCAUGUCGUUAUUUAUUUAAUUUCAUCUAAUUAUAAUGAUUAUGGCUUACAUUUAAUGAAGACCUAAAAUUCAAUGUUUUAAAAAAAAUGUAAUACUACAACAGACCAAUGUUAAAAAGUAUGUUUAAUAUGGAAAUGUUGGCCUCUGAAAAGUACACUACAAAAAAAGGGAUGUCUAAAAACAAGAUAAAAACACUAAAUCUGAGGGAAAUUAUCUAGCUGCAUGGACAGGUAAUUUCACUUGACAAGAUUUCUUGAAUUAAGAUUGUUAAAUCUAGAAAUAAGCAUGUUGAACGCUUAAAAAAAAAAAGAAAUUAGUUCUUAAAACAAGAUAUAUUAUCUAACACUUCUAAAUAUAAGUUGUUGGGUUUUUUUUUUUUUAUCUUUGUAAGAACCAAAUAAUUUGCAGUGUAUAUCCAUCUAUAUGACUCAGUACUUGGUUGGGGCUAUUUGAACUAAUGGAAAUUGACUUUUCCAUCAUAUUCUAAUGUAUUUAGAUGCACCUGUAAGUUAGCUAAUAUGCAGAGCUCCAUAGGCACAUUUUAUUUCAUAAAGAUACUCGCCAUAACAGCAUAAACCAUCUCGUCGGGGUGCAACAGAGAAAAGCACAACACUUCUUCAAAAUCAGACCCUGUAGAUUCGUCUGAAUCAGUGAAACAUAAAAGUAGAUAAAUCUUAAUACUCUGUAGAUUAAGUUACUCACCUGCUGCUGUAAAAGACAGAUUGACUCAAUAUAUUUCAUGGCAUGACAGUAAUAGCAUACUCAAUAUUAUUUAUGUCUUUAUCAAAAGUAUCAUACUUACAAAGUUGUAAGAGUUAAAGAACUAUGAUAACUUUUGUUUAAUUAUACAGAAGAUCUGCAGGGAUAUCCGCUAAAAACUCAAAAUAACAUAAUAAUUUUUAAAUCUUGUUCAUCCCUUUGAUCAAAUGAGUUUUAGUACAGAACAAAAUAAUCUAAUAAGCCUUUUUCACAGCAGACAUUUUGACUUGUUAUGACAGAAAAACAGCUGUUACCAGAGCCGGACUGAUAUGGGAGUUUUGAGACCGACAGACUGAUUUUAAAGGAGAAAAUUCAUCGCUAACUGAUAUGGCGGCCGAUAUAGUCAUUUUUUUUAGCUGGAAUAAUAAUAGACCUUUUUUAUGUAGAUUUUGCAGGAUUUUCCACCACUUUGCAAAUGCACCCAGAGAGCUACUUUCUCAAACAUAAAACUAAAUUAAAUAAUAGUUAACAUUAUUAUACAUUAUAGAAAAAUGUAUUACAUUGUCAGCCAAUUCUAUAAAUAAUAACGGAGAAAAUAAAGAAUAAAUAGGAAUUAGAUUAAUAGCUUAAUUCACAUAAUUUAUAUAGCUGACUAUUUAAAAAGACAAGAUGAAGAAAUUCAUAGAUAACAAGUUCACCCUUGUUUUCUUCAUUUUGCUGUUCAUUUUAAUGGCUGGUACAACUAAAAGUACAUUUGUUUGGACAUGUAAUGAUAACAACAAAAAUAACUCUUUAACUCAAGGUUUUCUUGAUAAUAACCAAAAUCAUUAAUCAUGGAUAUAUCUGUCGGGCUCUCGCUGUUGUAGGGCUGGGCGAUAUGGACAAAAAGUCAUAUCCCGAUAUAUUUAGGCUGAAUAUCGGUAUAUACAAUAUAUAUCCCGAUAUUUUGAACGCAAAGGGAUAGCAAAUGUUCAGUCAAAGUCAAAUAUGACAUGUCACAAGUGGUUUUAUUGAAAUUGUUUAAGUGAACAUAAAUACUGUAUAACAACAGGAAAAAGCUCCAAAGCUCCAUAAAGUGCACAUUUAAAUAAAUAAAAAAAUAUCUUAAAUAGAAAUAGCCUAUGAAAUAAAAUAGACCAAUCUUUUUCUGAAAUAUAUAUAUUUAUAUGAGAAAAGAAUAACAUUACAAAAUAACUAAAUAUGACAAACCCUAGUGAGGGCAGCAUUUAUAUAUAAAGAAAUAUUUUUUUUUAACUACAUCGAUAUAUGUGAAAUGGUCUAAUUCCAUUUCACAUUCAAAAAUAUAUCGAUAUACAUUUUAUAUUGAUUUAUAUCGCCCAGCCCUAAGCUGUUCUAAUAAUAAAAAUAAAAAAAUCUCUGUUUUAUUCAAGUGAGCCAGCAAGCUAAGGCUGUCACAAGACCAGAAUUUUAAACUUUGAUACAAUACUAGUAUAAAAAGAUGAUAUUUGAUGCCACAGCUCAAAGAGGAAAAAAAGUCAAAACCACAACAAAUAAGAUCAUUUUUGAUAGAUUAAUGCUGCCUGCUUGUGCCUUUGCCUCCAGUCACCUGGUGGGUUCGUAGCUGGAGAGAACGCCGUAACAGCAACAGGACCAGCUGAUCUUCUUCCCUGCAUUUCAUCUUUGAAAAUCUGAUUGUAGAUCUGUUUUUUAAUAGCUUUGUUACUUUUGAUACUAUACUAUACUUUGGAAUGUAUAAUUAAUGGAGAUAUUGUUUUAAACGUGGUAUCAAAGUAUCAGUACUUUUGACAGCCUUACAGCAAGCACAAUACCAGGACCCUGAAACUGAGGCAGCUAAAUGGAAUCCAGCCAUCUUUGAUUUCAUUAUUUAUACCUGAUUUGUGAUUUGCCUACAAGUUGAAAUGUCUGCUGUGAAAAAGGCCCAUUUAAAUAUAGAUAAUUCAUACUGAGAGAGAUUUUGGUAAAACAUAUUGAGAAAGAGAUGAUAAAUAAUUAUAUUUAAUUAUUUCCAAACCCUAGUUAGUUGUGUUUAUGGUCAUCCUUUGAAUUUAAAGAAUAAAAUGAACCUUUAUUUGAUUUAAAAAAAAAAAUACAAAUAUUAUGUCCAAAUAAUAUUCUAUUUACAAUUUUCUCAAA